GUAAGGUGCGGCUAGAGCGCCCACCCUUACCGGAAGUACUGUCUCACUUGUCUCAUGGACUGGAUGAAGCCUCUUGUCGUCAUCAGGAUGCGACGCGGUUUUUGAUUCUCGGUAAAAAAAAUGUCUCCUCCGUUGUUCAGCCUACCGGAGGCCAGGAGUAAGCUAACGAUCGCCACCCGGGAAGCUGUGACUAGCAAGAACAUAAAACAUGUGUUCAGUGUGUUCAGCCAGGUGCCUGGAAGUGAAAAUGAGAAGAAGCUGACCCUUGACCAAGUCUUUAGAGCUGUUCUAGAGGAGGAAAUCAUAAACAAAGUGUCGUGUGAGAAUUGUCUUGCUAUUAUUUCACUUGCCAUCCAUGGAGUUACAGAAGGUCUUUGCACAGCUACCACACCCUUUGUGCUCCUGGGAGAUGUCCUCGAUUGUCUUCCUUUGGACCACUGCGAUAGAAUAUUCACCUUUGUUGAAAAGAAUGUUGGAACAUGGAAAUCUAAUACAUUCUAUUCAGCUGGAAAGAACUACUUGUUAAGGAUGUGUAAUGACCUUUUGAGAAGACUCUCUAAAUCGCAAAAUACUGUGUUCUGUGGAAGAAUUCAGCUGUUCCUUGCCCGUUUGUUUCCGCUGUCUGAGAAGUCUGGUUUGAAUCUGCAAAGCCAGUUUAACUUAGAAAAUGUCACAGUGUUUAAUGUCAAUGAGCAGGAGAGCACUCUCGGUCAAAAGCAAGUGGAGGAUAGGGAUGAUGGCAUGGAGAUUGAAGAAGGUGAAAUGGGUGAUGACGAAGCACCAAACAGUUCUUCAAUUCCAAUAGAUUACAACCUGUAUAGAAAAUUCUGGGCUCUACAAGACUUCUUCAGGAAUCCUGUGCAGUGCUAUGACAAAAAUGCCUGGAAAACAUUCCUGAAGUUCUCUGACGAAGUGCUGACCGUAUUUAAGAGCUACAAGCUGGAUGAUACACAGGCAUCACGGAAAAAAAUUGAAGAGCUGAAAUCUGGAGGGGAACAUGUAUACUUUGCGAAGUUCCUGACAAGUGAGAAGUUAAUGGAUUUACAGCUGAGUGACAGCAACUUUCGCCGCCAUAUUUUGGUACAGUACCUAAUAUUAUUCCAGUACUUGAAAGGCCAAGUUAAGUUUAAAAGCUCUAAUUAUGUCCUACUAGAUGAGCAGUCUUUAUGGAUUGAGGAUACCACCAAACUGGUUCAUCAGUUACUUUGUGAAACACCUCCCACUGGAGACAAGUUUUCUAACAUGGUGGAGCACAUACUUAACACAGAAGAAAACUGGAAUUCAUGGAAAAAUGAGGGCUGCCCCAGUUUUGUGAAAGAGAGACCACCUGACAAUAAGCCACUGAAAGUUGCAAGGAAACGACCAGCCCCUGAGGACUUUCUAGGCAAAGGGGCAAACAAAAAGAUCCUAAUGGGAAAUGAAGAGUUAACACGGCUCUGGAAUCUAUGUCCUGACAACAUAGAAGCAUGCAAGUCCGAGACCAGGGAGUUUAUGCCAACAUUGGAACAAUUCUUUGAAGAGGCAAUUGAACAAGCUGUUCCCGAAAACAUGGUUGAAAAGGAAUACAAAGUGGUGAACAACUCUAAUUAUGGCUGGAGAGCACUAAGAUUAUUGGCUCGUAGAAGUCCCCACUUUUUCCAACCUACCAACCAACAAUUUAGGAGUCUACCAGAAUACCUUGAGAACAUGGUCAUCAAGUUAGCAAAGGAAUUACCGCCCCCAUCAGAGGAAAUAAAAACAGAAGACGAUGAUGAUGAUGAAGAUAAUGAAUCUUUAUUAAAGGAAAACAAUGAAAGUCCAGACGUCAUGCAACAGAAGUCUGUCACUGGUGAAGUGAUUGAGUCACUUGCCAGCAAACUGGGAGAGCAGUGGAAGACACUGGCCCCUCACUUAGAGAUAAAAGACUUAAACAUUAAAGCGAUUGAAUCUGAUAGCGAGGAUGUAAAGAUGAGGGCCAAACUUCUGUUGGUGGCUUGGCAAGAUCAAGAGGGGGCUCACGCAACUGCUGAACAUCUGAUAUCUGCUUUGAAUCAAGCUCAGUUAAGCGAUCUUGCAGAAAACUUGAGCAAUGACACUGAAAACGGGACAUAAGACCCCUUGGAUCUGCAUGUUAUGAGGCAACUAGCAACUGAAGGGAGUAAGGCCUCACUGGUAACUCAAUGCAGUUGUCUUGCUUCAGACAGUGUAGGUGAUUUUGUAGAAUUAUUUUUUUUUUUAAAGAAAGUACUGUUAGUGGGUUGAGACGGAUAAAAUAAAGAAUCUUCCCACA